AUGAGAAAGAAGCAGAGAAACAAAAUCACAAAUCCAAAUGGCACUCAUAGAUCGAGAAACAGAACUAAAAUUAGCGGAACUUGAGGAAGAGACCGACCUGAUAGAAUACAGUUCACAAACCGGAGAAGAUGUUCAAAUGUCUCAUCAUCAAGCAGAAAAAUGGGUCGAGAAACAUCAGACUACGUUCGAGGAAGUACCACAGAUGGAUCAGCUCAACUACAGUUGCUACCACGGCAAUGGUUCCGUGUGUGUGACUGCUACUAGCUCCUGAUUAUCUUCAACCACGUCUUCGUUCAGCACAUCUUGAGGCCACAAAGACAUGUCAUCGAAUAAAAAGGUUGGUCUUGAAAAGCACUCGCCGUUGAAGACAGAAUAAUCAUAAAACUCUCGAGUGCCUAAGUCAGCGACAUUCAGUUUUGUAGGAACAUACUUCCAUUCAGGUAUACGCGUCAAGUCGUCUAUCUCGCCUAAGCGAUUAGCUUCAAACGUUUUAUACUUGCGCGUAUUGUUCCGAAUCCAGUGAAUAACUGUAGUUGAAUCACACCAAAAAUAUCUUGCAAUCGGCGUCAAUCUAUGUUCUUUAUGUAUGUUAUCUGCCAAUUUUGCUGCCAAACGAGCUGCUUCAAGUUCAGCCUUCGGGACAGUUAUUGGUUUAAUAGGUAAGAUACGACAUUUGCUCGCUAUAAAUGAAACGUAUAAAAUACCGUUGUUAUUCCAGCGCCAAUAUGCGACCGCACACAUUGCUUUACUUGAAGCAUCGCAAAACACGUGCAAUUUAAGUUUUCGUAGCCGAUAGUAAUAUAAUAUAUUUGUGGGAAUGAUGUUUUCUUGAACGCAUGAUAUGAUGGAUGCAAGUCGAUGUCUGUCAACGCAGCGAUACAUAGAGAAAGGAAGGGGAUGACGUGUGAGAUGACAGAUGAACGACGACGAACGAGGCACGAAGAACACGAAACGAUUAACGAUUAUUAUUUUAAUUAAUAGUAUUUUAAUAAAACCUGAAAGUAAACGCGAAUCUUUUGUUUGUCCAAAGCUUGCAUCCCCACAGUUUGGGGGCUCGUCCGGGAUCGGCCAAAAGAAAAGGCAAGUAAUAAUAAUUGUUUCGACGCCAUUACAAGAAACAAACAACGCGUCAAUUGUACGAAUAUAGGUUUAAUUUUCGUUUUAAUUUUAUUUUCGGUAGGCAGCGGCUUGGCUCUGCCCUUGGCAUUGCUGAAGUGCAUGGGCGACGGUAACCACUCACCAUCAGGUGGGCCGUAUGCUCGUCUGCCUACAAAGGCAAUAAAAAAAUUUAAAAAAUAUACACACGACAUAUUUAAUUUGAUACACGAGGAUGGCAAGAUGACGAACAAAAGCCAGUCCUUCGAUGACGACGACAGUAUGUUCGAUCGACCAACGCGUGGUGGAAUGUUUCAUUUAAUGGAGAACAUCAUCAGUUAGUUUGACGGCAAAGACAAAACUUAUGCUGUCACAAAGUGGAUACAAGACAUAGAGGAAAAUGGUGACAUUUUCGAGUGGACACCAAAGCAACGGUUACUAGUGGCUCGACGGUCAUUAACUGGCACGGCAGCUUAAUGGUUAAAUUCUGAAGAAACAUUUCCAUGCUGGGACACUAAAGCUAGCCAUCACCAAGACUAUUCACGAAAUGAUGAGUUCUAAAAAGAAAAAGUCAAAUGAAUCAUGCAUUGACUACAUGUUUGCCAUGAAAGAGCUGGGACGCCGAGGCAAAAUGGUAGACUACGUUGCUACAAAAUAUAUUGUAGAUGGUAUACAAGAUCAGGAAAUAAAUAAAAUAAUGCUAUAUGGAGUCACGACGUACACGGAAUUAAAGGAGAAAUUAAAAAUAUACGAGAUUUUAAAAGAAAAAAUGAAGAAAAUUACUAAUACAAGAGAAUGGUCAUCAAAAUCUCGAUGCUAUAGCUGUGGAGAGAAGAGUCAUAAAAGUGAAGAUUGCAACGUGUUCGGCCAUAUUUCUUCACAAUGUCCGGCAAAGGCAGGAGCGUCAUCGACUACAGCUAGCAGCGCGAGAACAGAGCAGCAACCGAAACGCACGUAUAUCGCUACGAAGCAGGAGGGCGGGCUCCAACCAGGUGGACUGACGACUUAUUGCGCACGGCGGGAAGUCGUUGGAUGCGGAAGACGGAGAACCGCAUUAUGUGGAAGGCCUAUGUCCAGCAGUGGGCAGAUAAAGGCUGAUGAUGAUGAUGAUGUUGACAUUGUAGGUCAUGUUAUGAAUGAAAAUGUGAGGAAUGAAGUGACUAGGUUAGUAGAUGAAUAUCGCCCAUGUCAACCUAAAGAGGCUCCCAUUGAGUUGAAAAUCACACUUAAAGACGACAUCUCAGUGGCUCAGCGACCACGAUGCAUCUCACCAAAAGAACAGGAUGAGGUGGAUAAACAGGUUAAGGAGUGGCUGGAACAAGGAGUUAUUUGGGAUUCAGACUCCUCUGCAACCAGUGAGGGUGGUAGUGCUAAUAAAACUACAAUAGAUCUGGAAACCCUGCAAUAUUUAAAGGAUGAGAGCAUGAGGACGAGCAAGUCUGGAGAUGUAAAAAUGCUUAUCCUACUAUAAAAAAAAAUUUUUCUUACCAAGUUCAGCACGAGUAGAAAGACUUUUUUCGUAUGGUGGGAUGAUAAUGAGACCUCACAGAAGAAAAAUGAGUGAUGAUGUAUUCGAACAACUGGUAUUGUUAAAAAGCGUUUAUUUUUAUCACUUUUUAACAAUACCAGUUCAGUUCCAGCUCGGCAUUGUGUGUCUACUGCUCAUGUAUGAUAAAUAAAUAUGUACCUAUAAUAAAUAAAAAUAUCUGUGAUUUGCUCA